AUGCUUCGUUUGGUGAGGAAGCAGUUGAUAGAGGCUGACGAGAAAAGUCAGACUCUCAACAACCUUCCCACUCGCACUGUGGCCGUGUCGCUAAAGAUAGGCCAAAGGUACAGCUUCCUAGGGGACCAGAUUGAUAUUACCAUGAAUGCUGUUCCGAUCGAGACUCCCGCCAAGAUAAAGCUCGAGCUCGACGAGUUCAAGCGGGAGCAACUUCAAAUCGAGAAGGAUGGUCUUAUGUGGUUCGAACAAUCCGUCGGUAAUAUCGAACUCACAUGCUUCGCCUAUGAGAAGCCGAAAAUGGCAGAAAUCUGGACCAUAUACACGCACCUCGACGACUGUGACUAUUACUAUGACUCCGACGACGAGGACGAGGACGAUACCUCUGGAGAGAAGCUCUCCUGA